AAGUCAUUUGAGAGAUUUACGAGAGGAACAGACCCAAAUUUAAUGCCAAAUAUUUCUGCAUGAAGACACUUGGACUUUAAGUAUAGUGUGCCAGUUGUUUGGACUACUUUUCUGGUGCUUCUCUGACAUUUUCAAAGCCCAACAGUGUCCAUUUCCCCAGCAUCUUGCACGUCCAUUUCGUUCAGUUUUCCAACAAGGUCUGAAACAGAAAAUUAUGCAACAGUCUCCCACAAUAACGUUCACUUAGUUUAAAUGCAUUAUCACUAUCACUACAAUCAACAAUUAUUGCUUAACAAGUGACACUGCAGUGACUGCAUGGAAACAAGCUAUUCUGUGAACUGAUGAACAGAACAGGCUACGAUCAGAUAACCUACAAUGCACACCUGUUGCUUUCAGUCACUGUUCCCGACACAAACACAGGUGAUACACACAGAUACACGCUUUCUGAAGAAAACCGCUGUCAGCUGCUGUCCACACCACCUGUACAGCGUCAAUACAAUGCAAUGAUUAGAGCUUGUGAUAUGGACAGUCAUUGUGUGGUGUGUCACCCAACAGCUGUCUGUGUUGUUUCACGAUCUCAGGAUCAGAUUAAUGUCUCUAUAUAACAGCAGGACACAGAGACAGAGAGGGUCAAGCGGAGCUGGAGACAUUUGAUCUUUCCUUUGAGGUUCAUUCAGACAUUGCGUGAUGUGUAAGGGGCUGUCUGCCAUCCCCUCCUCAUGCCUGGAGAAGGCGAAGGGCAUGAGGGUCAAACUGUCCCACCUGGCCGAAAAGCAGGAGUGGGUUUACAAACACAGAGCGCAUGAGGAGAAGCUGCCUCAGGACCUGGAGUCUCUGCUCAACAGCAAGCCGGGGCUCCAGGCGUUCCGCUGGUUCCUGCGCUCCGAGUUCAGCGAGGAGAACCUGGAGUUCUGGCUGGCGUGUGAAGAGUACAGGAGCGCAUCCGGGUCCAGACUGGCGGCGAGAGCCCACAGCAUCUACAACCAGUUCAUCAACCCUGAUGCUCCUCGGGAGGUGAAUCUGGACAGUGAGACCCGCGAGGCGUUGAUGGGGCUGAUGGAGGAUCCCACAGCGGACACGUUCGAUGAGGCUCAGCAACGGAUCUUCUCCCUGAUGGCCAAAGACUCAUUCCCACGUUUCCUGCGCUCCUCUUACAGCCAGCAGCCUCUCAAAGUCCUGUGAGACACGCUGUGCUGUCAAACCCUGCGUAUCUGAGGUCUCGACUAGCCCUGUAGUGACGCAUGAGCCACAGUCAGGUAGAAUAUAGUUUAGUAGGAUGUACUAACUUUGCCUUUAUAUCUUUAAACCUAAUAAAGUUAUUUGGGUCAAAAUGGAAUUGUUUUGAAUUGUCAAUCACACACUGAGAGCCAAUCAGAGAUCUGGAAGCUCAAGGUCACCAGACAAUCAAAGCUGAACAAAGAAAAUAAAGCAGGCAGAGAAUCACAGCACGUCCUUGACCACAGGAAAACCUUCAGGGAUUUUACACUCGCAGCCUAAUAAAGUGAGUGAGUGCGGCUGCUUAACAGUGGAAAAAUAUAUUUUUGACCCUGGAGCACAAAACCAGUCAUAAAGCGCACAGUAGAUUUGAAGCAAUAGCCAAAAACACAUUGUAUGGGUCAAAAUUAUCAUCUUUUCUGUCAUUUUAUGUCAAAAAUCAUUAGGAUAUUAAGUAAAUAUCAUGUUCCAUGAAGAUAAUUUGUAAAUUUCCUACCGUAAAUAUAUCAAAACUUCAUUUGGACAACUUUAAAAUAUUUAGAUUUUUUUGCACCCUCAGAUUCCAGAUUUGCAAAUAGUUGUAUCUCGACCAAAUAUUGUCCCAUCAUAACAAACCAUACAUCAAUGGAAAGCUUAUUUAUUCAACUUUUCAGAUGAUGUAUAAAUCUCAAUUUCAAAAAAU